CACACAGUAUUCGUAUUGUGCAGGGGAGCAGAAGGUGUCUGAAUUCUCUAACGAUGGCUGGAAAAGUGAGAAGCAGUGCUUUGGCGUGGGCUGACAUAGUGGUGGAAGGCACUCUCUUUCUAAUGCAAAAUUAUCUAACAGAUAUUUGGAAACUCAGCUUCUUUAAAGCUGCUGCAUUUCUUAAUAUAUGGGGUGGAAUUUAUAGAAUAUUGCCAAUUUUGAUUGUCUUCCUCGCCGGCAAUGGAAGAAACAGUUUACUAAAUUUCAUCAUGCUUGCAGCCUCUGGCAUCUUCAGCACAACGGGUCUUGUCCUUAUCACAUAUUCGGCGUUGCCGGCGUACCGAUGCCACCACCAGGAUCGGGAGGCGCAAUGCGUUGGGCCUUCAGAAAAGAUUGAGUUCAUAACAGGGAUGGCAUUGAUAGGUCUGGGAAAGGCUACUCGUUUCGCCUUUUCCCAACCAAUAAUGAACAUUGAUGAGGUUGAGACGACUAACCAUGAAGACGAAGACGAGAUCCAAGCUCCGGGCACGAUCGGUGAUCGUCCGGCUCCGUCCCUGCACGAAGAGUACUUGAACGGACCAAGUUGCGAGCUUCCGAGGCGGAUUUUAAUGUAUUUCCGGUGGAUACUUGUUGUUUUCUUCUUCGUCACACCAGCAGUUGCAUUUUUCACAUUCCCAUACGUGAAAAAAUGGUACCUUCUGUUUGGAAUUUCAGCAAUGUGUACCCUCUUAGCUACUCUCUCUCACUUGAGCGGAUUCCGCACCUACAAGGAGUCCGUAUCAACUCCGGCCACCGUCGUAAAACAAGCAGCCAUAAAAUUAUUAAGCCAAGAGCUUGCCAUAAAAUUAGGGUUUUCAAGUAAUCCCAACACUUCUUCUUCACAAACAACAAAUGCAGAUCACGAGCAACCACCUCUUAAAUUCGACCACACUGUGUUUCGAAUGGCAAUGCUGUAUACCGGUUGGAUUAUUUGCGGCAUCGUAUCCUCGAUCGGGAACACUUAUUUCGUGCAGCAAGCAACUCUCAUGGAUUACAAUAUUGGACACUGGAAACCCCCUCUUCAGGUGCUCCAGUUGAUCUUCCUUGUCUUCAAGCUUUUUUAUGUAGUAAGUUUGCUCCCACAUGAAAUUUUUACAAUCGGGGAACCAAAAGAAGUGGAGACCAGUAUUAACUCCGCUCUGAUGUAUUCUGUUUUGUGCUGUGCGGCGGCGGCGGCGGUGGAGAGGCGCCGGAUUCAUGCGGCGAGAAGGCGUAAUUUAGUUGAUGAUGCGAAGACUCCGAUGAGCGCGUUUUGGUUGUUUUUCCAGUUAUGCUUCCUUGGCAUUGUGGAAGGAUCGGCUAAAAUCGGCAUUUCGUUGUUCCAGAAGCAAGAGGCGCCGGAGUUGAUAAAGAGGUACCGGGAGCUCGUGGGCGAGGCGGUGACGGGUUUCGGAUAUAUGUGCAGCGUGCUAUCGGUGUACGUUGUCGGAAAAAUAAGCGAGACGGGCGGCGGCAAAGGCUGGUUUCAACACACGCUCAACGGAAGCCGCCUGGAUCGGUAUUACUGGGUGUUGACAGGUUUAACUGGUGUUAAAUUUUUAGUGUUGUUUGUUACUUUUUUGUAUUGGUAAUUUUUUGUAUUAUACUCCCUCCGUUUAUAAAAAAUAGUCAUAGAAGUUGACGGCACGAGUUUUAACAAAAAUAGUUGAGUGUAUUGGUGUUCUGGUCAAAUUGUGUUUUUUUGUUUGGUUUCUAUUUUCUAUUGCCAAGAACUAUGGUAUACCAAAAGUUAAAAAACAAAAUAAUGCAAAUCUUUGUAAAUUUCAA